AUGGAGAUGUGUUUCAGUCCCGGCCCGGCGAUUCCUGCCGGGACAGUUAUCCCGGUGAUUGCGAAUCCUCGUUUGGCGGAAUUGCGGGAUCCUUCAGAGGACUGGACCGGAGUUACGAGUACGGCGGAGAGGCGUAAAUUACAGAAUCGGCUGAACCAGAGAGCGCGAAAUAGAAGUCCAUCCUCCGAAGUGGACUCUGACCCCUCGACAGCCUUGGUGAAGAAGGAGUCGGCCUCGCCAACUAACGAAAAUACCCAGACGGCCCUGGCGGCCAUCAUCGCAGGGAAGAUUGGAAAGGCCGCCGUCCCAGAGGUUUGCCUCCUGGGAAAGACAGGCAUGCCAGCUAUGCUAGAAAAGUUCGCCGAAGGAGCCUACGAUGACUACAUGCGCGGCCGACCCUGUACAGACUACCUGACGACCCUCGUCCGCGUCAACGUCUUCCACGCCUUUGUCCGCAACGCCCAAGCCCUUAGCUUUAACGCAGAGUGGCUGACCUACGACUCCAUCUCCCCCUUCAACAAAUCUGGCCCUGGCCUAGGUCCCGCCACGACGAUGGCCUCGUGCCCUACCAACAUGUUGCCCACGGCGCUGCAAUUGUCCGUCGAACAUCACCCGUGGAUCGACUUCUUCCCCCACCCCCGCAUGCGAGACAACUUUCUACGGAUCGUGGCCGAGCACGGCGAGGACUACAUUGACGAAGACGAAAUGUGUCGGGACGUUGUCGAUGUGGGCGCGGGGGCGGGAGUCGAGGACGCGGCGCUUAUCGUUUGGGGUGAGCCGUGGGAUCCGCGGGGCUGGGAGGCCACCGAGCCGUUUCUCCGGAAAUGGGGCUGGCUGCUUGACGGCUGUACCGAAAUGCUCGAGGGAACGAAUUACUGGAGGGAGAGAAGGGGCCUGCGAAAACUCAAAUUCAACUGA